GGGAUUGGGAUGGGGUGAGGCACAGCAGCGCUAUGAACUGAUGCAGUGUUUCACUGUGGCACAGCCCCGGGCCUUCCGGGAUGAUGGAGAGGAUUUCCAGUCGUGCCUGAUCUGCAUCGCCCGGAGGCUCCCGCGCCCGGCGCCUGCCCCAGCUGAGUCCUUCGUCACCAAACAGGACACCACAGGGAAGAUCAUCUCCAUCGACACGAGCUCGCUGCGCGCCGGGGGCCGGGCGGGAUGGGAGGAUCUGGUCCGGAAAUGCAUCUACGCCUUCUUCCAGCCGCAGGGCCGACAGGCGUCCUACGCCAAACAGCUCUUCCAGGAGGUGAUGACCCGCGGCGCCGCCUUCAGCCCCCCGUACCGCUUCACGCUGAGCGACGGCUCCGUGCUGAGCGCCCAAACCAAAUGCAAACUCUGCUGCCCCUCGGGCCCCGAGGCUCAGCCCUUCAUCAUGGGCGUGCACGUCAUCGACAGGUGAGAGAUCCU